AUGGUUGAAAAUAAAUCUAUUUUGCACGAACUAUAUGUGUUUUCCGAAUGGAAACCUGAGCCAGAGUACUUGCAAAAACCUGAUAAUAUCUUGCCAGAGAAUAUUUCAAGCUUAUGGCGAUGGCUGAAAUUCUUUGGGCCUAAAAAGAGUUUAAUUGAUAGUGUAGCCGCGCACAAAGAAAGACAACAAAAAUGGCAUAUAGCUUUAGGAGAUGAGGGUAAAGUGAUAGCAGUUCUGACUGAUAAUAUUUUAGAAAUCAGGACCAAAAGAUCUGAAUAUGCAACAAUUGCAGCUAGGACUACAGUUGCUAGAGAUGCAUAUGCACAAUGGAGAAAACUAGUUUGGAGUCCAGACUGCUCAUUUAUAGUAGUUGCUUAUGGAAAUGGUGUAGUUAGUUUCUUUGAUCUUACUGCCUCAAAUCUUUUUAACAUUCCAGUGGAUUGCUCAAGACCAGGUGGCUUGGAAUGUACUGACAAUACUCAUGCAGUAUCUGAAAUUAUAUUUAUUCCGCUUAGAGUUAAGGAUACAAAGUGGAAUUGGGAAGUAUUAGUGGUGACAUAUGAUGGCAAGCUACGAGGGUAUUUAGUUUCACAAACUGAUGGGUUCAAAUUGCACCAUACUUUCCAUUUUUCUGGUGGAGUGGCUGCGGCUUGUUACUGUGAACCACAUGCUACUUUGUAUAUUGCAGGUGUUCCUAGAGCACCUCAUAAGGAGGCGUCCUCUCCGGUGAGUGUGGGCAUCACGGCGUGGCGCGUGCUCAACGACGAGCCAUUCUACAAGCUGUCCGUGGUGUCCGAUGAAUUAGAAGCUCAACUGGCCAACGAGCGCUUCCACCUUUAUAUACCCGUCAUAUUUCCUAAGAAUAUGAACUUCAUAAUACGUAUGGCAGCAUCCCCUGAUAACUCUAAACUAGUCUGUAUCCACUGCAAUGGGGACGUAUCAAUAUGGAGACUGCCGAUUCUGAAAGGAGAGCACCAGUUCAAGUUGGCAGAGCAGCCUCAGCACGAGCUACAAAGCCCUCUCACUCCAGAGCAGGGGAACAAGGACCAAACCUUGUAUCAUCCCGCAGAUGUCAACUGGUGGAGCAAUGAGGAGGUGAUACUAUCCCGGUUCAGCGGCGCGGUGUCGGUGUGCGGAGUGCAGGAUCUAGUCAAUAUCCUCGGCAAGAAGCCGGAGUUCUUCCAGGGAACGCCGCAGGUGACAACGGCGCACGACGGCGCGUUCAUGGCGCUCGAGUGCGAGUCCAACGUGUUGCCCGCUAGAAAGUCUAGGAGCGACGAGUCGAUGGAGGUGGUAAAAGCAGACGCAGAAGUAGAAGACUCGAUGAUGGAAAUGACCAAGGAGCUGUUCAAGUCUAUUCUAUACGCCAUCACCGACAUCGAGACCUUCCAACCGAAGCCCAAAAAGAUCACAAUAGUGUCGAGGAUCUACAGGCUUUUGGGUGUCAAGAGCACUACUCCCACGGAGUUGUUCUCGAGAAAAAUCGAGAGCGGCAGCUACGUGGAGGCGCUGGCGCUGGCGGCGCGCUUCGCGCUGGACAGCGACCUGGUGUACCAGCAGCAGUGGCGCAAGAAUCCUGUCUCCUCGGACGCCAUACACAACUAUCUGAGUAAAGUAUCCAAAAAGAUAUGGGCAGUGCACCAGUGCGUGGACCGCCUGCCCGAGAGCCUGCCCGCCGCUAAGGAGCUGCUGAGCUUCGGUCUACAGCUCACCAAUGAGAAGAUUUUAGAUGAAAUCAACGGCUCGCUGCCGCCGGACGAGUGGAAGGCGCCGGCCGACGUCACCAUGGAGGACCUGAACGCGUACACCAGCGAGCUGCUCCGCUGCCGGCACGUCAUGCUCUUCUAUAAGGAACGCCUUAGCUUGUACGAGGCUAUACUUCGUUGUGAGAAGUCUACAUAUGUGAAAGAUGAAUACCAUAGGCUCAGAAGUAACAGCAUAGUUCAUAGUGCUAUGGAGAUUGCUAAGGAAGGUCGCAUAGAAGCGCUCACUUGCCUAUGGCCAUAUAUAAAGAGUCCUUCGAUGCAGUUGGCGGUUUUAGACAAGUUGCCCGAAACUCUGUACCCUUUAGAUUAUCAGCACUUGCUGCCGACGAAAGAACCGAUCACUUGGUUUGAAAAGAAAUCACCGAUAAAAAUUAAAAUAUCGGAACAUGAAAACGAUUGGUGCAGGAAGGAGAUAUUUAGGUCCAUAUGGAGCUCCAACUGGUCGGAGGACACGCCCCCGGAAAUAGAGGAGGGGUACUCGGAGGGCGAAGUCGCCAAGUGGUACGAGACGCGCGCGCGGCAGAUAGAGCAGCGCAGCGGCCUCGCGUCGCACGCGCUGGCGCUGGUGGCGGCGGGCGCGUGGCUGGGCGCGGCGCCCGAGGGCGCGGGCACGGACCCCGGCGUGUGGGCGGGGCUCCGGCACCUGCACUUCCACCUCCUCACACUGGACACGCUCCUGUAUGACAUCAAUGUGGAGGACGUCACUCUAAGUGAAUUAGAGAACAUGUCGCAUUUGGAUACCUGCAAGUUGUUGAUGAAAAUGUCCACUCAUGCCACAUUUGUAUCAGAUCUAAAGCAGUACGUGAUACCGUUUCUAAAGAGAUACGAGAUUUUAACGAAUACUUCAGGUAUUUGUUUAACUGGCCUCAUAGAUUUCUUAGAAAAUAUCAGCAUCGAUGAUCUUUCUUAUAUACUUCUGGUGCUGCAGUCGCCGAAGGAGUUCGAGCUGGAUGUGGCCACGCACCUGGAGCUGGUGGAGCGCUGCCUGUUCGCGCACAGCGGCACCGAGCAGCUCGACCUCGCCUGCGACCUGCUCGCCACCAUACUCAAGGAGACGGACGGCAGCAUCUCGACGACGUCGCUGGUGCGGCGCGCGACGUCGCUGGAGCGCGCGGUGGCGGGCAGCGGGCGGCUGGCGUGGCGCGGCGUGCGCGUGCCGCCGUGCGCGCUGCGCCGCCUGGCCGCCGACCGCGCGCACGCCGCGCUGCUGCUCACGCGCGUCGCGCGCGAGCUCGCCGCCAACGAAGAGAAACCAACACAGCGAGACUGGGAGAGCCUUAUCACGGACAUGUUGGAGCUGCAAGUCACACUUUUCGACUGCAUCACGAUAGAAGAGUGCUAUGAGAUCUACGUGUCGGCCCUGCUGACGUCGGGCGACGCGGCCAGCAUCCGGCUGGCGGCGGACGUGCUGUCGCCGCCGCGGCCGCCGCGCGCGCGCCGCGUCGGCCGCGUGCCGUACGCGCGCAGCGUCGAGCUGGUCUCCAACGCUGCCAAGGAGUACUUCAACUCGGCCUCCUCGCUCAUUGAUCCCGCUUUGGAGUUGGCCAAAUGCUGCUUACUGCUAAUUGAAGAAGGUAAUAACGAGAUACAACAAGAGUUGGACCUUAUUGCUGCACUCCCUAUACUGAAUUCUUUCAAACUCACCAUACUGCCCAUACAAGUCCGACUUUGCGAAGAUAGAAUGCAGCUGAUAGAAGAAUGCCUGACACAGGAUCCCAGCGCGUUCCUCGCGAGCCACAAGCUGCUGAAACUUGCUAAGCUAUUGAGAAUUGCAGGAGAUGACGAACAAACUAGAGAGGGCAUGGUGCUGAUGAGCGUGCUGUCGCGCGCGCUGGCGGCGGGCGGCGCGGGCGGCGCGGCGGCGGCGGGCGCGGCGCGGCGGCUGGCGGCGCUGCGCCACGCGGCCGCCGCGCCGCUGCUGGCCGCCGCCGCCGCCGCGCCCGCCGCCGCGCCCGACACCGCCGCGCGCCGCCGCCUGCUGGCCGCCGCCGCCGCGCUCGCGCCGCCGCACCUGCUGCCGCAGAUACUGCGCGACAGAUUAAAACUUGAACUGGAGAGCAUGCAGCAGAUGGGUGUUGCAUAUAGAGACAACAAUCGCGCCGUCGAGCGCUGGCCGUCUACGGAAGACGAGUUUUCUGACGCCAUUACAACGCCCGUUAUAGAAAAUAAGGACUUGGUACCACCUGCUCAGACUGAAAGAAAAGUUCCCCUUUUGAAUUAUUUGUUGGACUCCUUCCAGAAUAAGUUCACGUUAAGCUACGAGAAGGGCCAGUCGAGCUGUGCGGAGGAGCGCGCGGUGCACUGCCCGGAGUUCUACCGGUCGCUGCAGACGGCGGCGCGCGGCGCGCCCUACGCCUACGACCGCUUCUGCGUGCCUGACGCGCCGGGCGCGGGCGCCGCGCGCGCGCUGCUGCACGCCUUCUACGCGCUGGCCGCCCUCGACGGCCACGCGCCCGCCGGGGACGACGUAAUCCAGAAGUGCUCAGAGGAGCUCCUGUACGUGGACACGGCGCUGAGCGUGGCGGUGCGGCUGCGCGCGCGCGCGGCGGGCGGCGCGGGCGGCGCGGCGGGCGCCGUGGCGCUGGCGGCCGCGCUGUACGCCGCGCUCGUGCGCGCGCUGGCGCCGCGCCUGCGCGACCACGUGUACCUGGCCGAGCCACGGCAGAUGGCCUACAUGGCGCUGAAAGAAAAUAACGUAUCAGAAGAACAGAUGGCUCUGAUCCGACAAUAUAUCGACAAACUGAGCGGUAUGGGGGAAGUAGACCGCAUUCGGAAUCUGGGUCUUUCCGUCAAUGGUCUUCUCUUUAACGCCGACCAAGACUAUAGGAGGGAGGUCAUAUAUCGACUUGCCAAAUUGGGUGGAGCAGAACAAGCUCGGAUGUCUUGCGCUCUAGCCGCGAAGUACGAGCUGGACGCGGUGGACGUGUGGCUGCAGUACGCGACGCACUCUCUAGCGAGUGUCGACCUCGAUACGAUACCGACCACCGCUUACAAUGCAGAUGCUUGCAACCGAAUCCGUGAUACAAUAUGGCCUACAAUCCGUGGAAAUGAUUAUGCGGCUUUAUUAAACUUCUUUACGAUCCUAAAGAAAAUCGACGACAAAACACAAAUGUUCGGUCUCACUGCCAACGAACAUAUCAAACUUUUGAAGAAGGCGAAGGCUGCCUCACCAGAGUUAGACUACAAGCUGGUGCUGGAGCAGCCCUCAGCGGAGCAGUUGACGCAGCACUUGCUGUCCGUGAUGCGGCCUGAGAGCGUGGCGCUGCUGGGCAAGUGGCUGCGGGCGCUGCCGCCCGCGCUGCGGCCCCCCGCGCCCGUCGGACAGCUCUACACCAAGUGGCUCACCGGAUACUUCUUCAGUGUAGCGGCUAGUGGCGCGAGUAAAAAGUGGAUGCAGCAAUGGCGGCAGUGCGCCAGCUACUUCACCAAGCUGUCCAAGGACGAGCUGCUGGAGUUCGUCGCCGCCACCUGCUUCUCCGAGGAGGCGUUGCAGCGUGUCCCCCAUGGCACGCGCAAUCUCAUGAUAAUGCAAGCGGUGGACUACUGCCAGCAGGAACAAGAGAAUGAUUUGAAAUUUAACAAGAACGAGCAGAUGUGGGCGCAGGCGGGCGCGGAGCUUGGCCGCUGGGCGCGCUUCCUGGAGAACUACCACUCCGCCAGCGUGCAGGCCAUCGUGGCCGCCAGCGACGUGCCCGCGCACCUGUGGAUG